AUAAUAGAAUACGAGUAUCCUUGUAGUGUUGGCAUUAACAUAUUAUGUCAAAAUAUUUUUCUAAACAGAAACAAAACUUUGAACUAUAAACUGAUAAUGAAAAAGACAUAGUUUUUCUAGUUUUCAAUUUUGGGGUGUUUUUGUGGGGAUAUAAUAUUUACAAUCAUAAAAUUAUUUUUUUGUGUGAAUUUUCCUAAAUAAAAAUGACUGACGAAAAUUCUUGGAGAACCUCCACAUUCCGGCAAAGUGUUGUUGCCAAAAUUGACGAAGCUAUCAGGCAAUCUGGUAUGAACACGUCUAGAAAUAGCAUAGAAAUGGAAAAUCAUGUCUUUCAAAAAGCUAAAAAUAAGGAAGAGUACCUAGGAUUCGUUGCUAGAUUAAUUCUACAUGUUAGAGAAAUGAAACCCAAACAAGGGGGUGGUAUGUCAGUGCCAGGACAAGGACAAGGUGGGCCCGGUAUGCCAGACCCAAUCAACGCUCUGCAAAACUUAGCUAGUCAAGGUACUAGAAAUUCUAUGAUGGCCAUGGGACAACAGACUGCACAAAUGGGUGGUCCACAACAAGCUCCUGCCACAAAUCUCUUGCAAACAUUAAAUAGGGGUCCUAAUCAGCAAAUGAUGAUGGGUAUGCCUGGGAACAUGCCUAUGCAGGACAGACAGAAUAUGAACAUGCCACCUAACAGUGGACAAAUGGCUAACACUCAGAUGAGUAACCAAAUGGCAAAUCAAAUAAGGCUACAACAAAUGCAGAAUAAUACGAUGAACCAAAUGACUGGUCAUUUAGGUGGACCGAUGCAGACUGCUGUUCAAAAUCAGAUGACGAACCAAAUGCCCGGACAGAUGUCUGGACAGUUACCAGGACAGAUGCAAAUGUCUAGCAGUAUGGCAAAUCAAAUACAGAAUCAAAUGAUGGGUAACAUGAAUCAACUACCGCAACAAAAAUCCCAACAAAUGAUAAUCAACCAAAUCAACCCCAACUUUCCCCGCCAGCCGACUCCAAAUCAGAUGUUUAAUCAAAGUCCUUCAUCUUCUGUCCAAUCUCCCGGACUAGUUAAUCAACCUCCGGUAGCUUCUCCAGCCUUGGCAUCAUCACCCGGAUCUCAAAUGAAUAUGGUAGGAAGCGUGGGACCACCUAGAUCUGUAGGUAUGGCACCGAGUCCUGGUAGUUCAUUGAAUACUCCAGGUCAACCAACUCAAAGUCCAAUGGCUGGAGGAACCAUGACAGAUGAACAGGCUUAUAGAGAAAAAGUUAGGCAGUUAAGUAAAUACAUUGAUCCUCUCAGGAAGAUGAUUGCCAAGUUGGGAAAUGAUGAUGUCGAAAAAAUGACUAAAAUGAAGAAACUUCUCGAGAUAUUAACCAACCCCCAUCAACGAACACCACUUGAUACUCUUAUAAAAUGCGAAAUUGUCUUAGAAAAAAUCGGGUGCCGUAGGGGAGACGGCAGCGUUCCACCUACCAGUACACAGUUACCUUUUAAAGAACCGCAUGUUUUCCAUCCAUUACUAGAUGCCGUUAGUAAUAAUUUACAGAGUCCUGUUAUCAAUCACACUUUACAUCGAACUUUCGGGCCUACCAUGGAUGCCCUCUUCGGACCAGAAAUCAAACUUGUCCCUUCAUUGAAAAAGGUUGCACACGAAGAACCGAUUAGUGAUAUACCGGACGUCUUGCAAGGAGAAAUAGCCCGUUUGGAUCAACGAUUCAAAGUCUCCUUAGAUCCCAACCAACAACCUGGUUCUAAGUCCAUCCAAUUAAUUUGUUGGUUAGACGACAAACAUUUACCUUGCGUACCUCCAGUAUCUUUAGUUGUACCUGAAGAUUAUCCUAAAACAUCUCCCACUUGCCAUAUGGCAUCACACGAAUAUAAUGCAACCGCCUUUUUGUCUGCAGUACAAACUGCACUUCUAGCAAGGAUAAAGAAGUUACCGAAAUACUUUUCUGUGUCUCAAUUGCUGGAUACUUGGGAGAUGAGUGUGAGACAAGCUUCGGCACCUAAGAAUGUGCCUGUUAGUGAUCUGAGCGUUAUGCUGGGGAUGUGAAUUUGUGUAUUUUAGUGUUUUUUACCUAACAAAUAUAUAAACACAAUGAAAUUGA